AUGUGGUUAAUUGCACAUCAACAUUUAAAUGUAAGGUUUGCGCAAAACCACAUCACACUCUCUUGCAUCAUUCGCAAUUACCAAUUACCAACGAAUAUUAAGAGCGCGGGAUCAUCACGACGCACAGAACACGCCGCUAUUCCCAACGACAACGUUGGCAGCCAUUCCCAUCUUAACAUGUCAUCGACCGAGCAAAUAAUUCUAGCCACUGCAUUGGUUUUAGUGAAGGACUCAUCGGGAAGUUAUCAAGUGGGUAGAGCCUUACUUGAUUCAUGCUCUCAGGUCAACUUCAUAACGGAGGAGUUUUCAAAGAAGCUUAGUGUAUCAAAACAUAAACAUCGCCUGCAUGUUUCCAGUAUUUGUAGUUCGUUGGCCAAUGUAAAGUAUCAGACGCUCACAUCCAUCAAAUCUCGUCAUUCAAAUCUUGAACUUGCUUUAAACUUUGGUAUUACGAAUCACAUCGCAUAUCAGCCAAGUUCUGAAAUCAAUAUAUCGUCGUGGAAAGUUCCACCAAAUACACCUCUCGCCGAUGAACAAUUCUUUAAAUCCAAGCGCGUUGACCUUUUGCUUGGAGCUGAAAGUUUCUUUGACAUUUUGUCUGUCGGUCAAAUCAAACUAUAUGAAAAUCUUCCAGUACUACAAAAAACACUAUUAGGAUGGAUCGUAUCUGGCAAGUGCAAGGGUCAGCCAUUUGCAUCACCAGCAGCAAAAUGCCUAUUAUCAUUUGAAGAUACAGUUUCCGAUCAAUUAGAAAUGAUGUGGAAUAUAGAGGAAGUGCAACCGGCUUCAAAGUCAUGGUCACCAGCACAUGUUGCGUGUGAGUCAUUAUAUCGUGAAACGGUCCACCAAAAUGCGAUGGUUCGGUUACCAUUCAAAGAUUCACUAGAUUGUCUUGGCUUGACACACAAUAUCGCCUUACACCAUUUUUGUUCUGUAGAACGGCGCUUGUCAUCUAAUCGUGCACUGAAGCAAGACUAUCAAGAAUUCAUGAAACAAUAUCGAGAGCUCGGACACAUGUCGCGUGUUGAGACUCCGAAAACCAACGAAUCACAUUAUUAUAUCCCUCAUCAUUGUGUUUUAAAACAGUCGAGCACAUCGUCCAAGCUGAGGGUGGUUUUUGAUGCGUCAUGUCCAACAACAUCGCAACGUUCAUUAAAUGAUAUUCUACUGGUCGGCCCGACCAUUCAGUCGGAGUUAUACUUGUUGCUACUUCAAUUUCGUUUGCACCGAUAUGCCUUGACGGCUGACAUUGUCAAGAUGUACCGACAGAUACUGAUAGAUAAACCAGAUCGAUAA